CUUGACACCAAAAAAAAAAAAAAUAUGCUGCAACAAGUAGAUCAAUACGAUCUAUCGACCGUAGUUAACAAAGACGAUUUCAGUAAAACGGUGGAAUUGCGACAAUGUGAAUUAGAAGGUCGAUCGCUGGUCGCUAAACGACCCUUGUCACCAGGCGACAUUGUACUCGUCGAGAAUCCACGACUUUGUUAUUUACUCCAACCCAACUGCCGAUCGUCCUUGUCACCACACUAUACGAAAAAGUUAUGGAAAAGCUUGGAGGACAUUGUACAGGACGAAGGGUUUUGUCCAGGUGUACCAGCAGCCAUGCUCGCCUAUCUCUCGCUUGGCGAAAUAGAACGACCCAAAUAUGAUUUCUUCUACUAUCCCGAACUCAGCGAGCAGCAUUCGACGGUCCAGUUGAUCAAGCAGGCAUCACACACGGCCGUUUCGACGCUACCUGAAUUUAAGGACUUAGAUGCCGAUGAUAUGGCCAGAUUUGUUCUCAAGAUAUACGGCAAUGCACAUACGGUCUCAUUUGCACACGAAAGAAAGGCACAGACACACAAGCGAAGAAAAGAACGGCGCCAGAUGUACGCUCCUAAAUGGGGUGAGCCGUACGACACCAGUGGAUUUGGUCUUUCAGAAGAGGAAGCAGCGCAACAGCGAUCCAUGAUUUGCUUGAUGGCUUGGGGAUCCAAAUUUGCACACGCUUGUGCACCCAACCUGUUUCUCCAGUACGAACCCUCCGAAAACGUCAUGGUAUUUCGCGCCGUCCGUGCCAUGGAACCUGGUACCGUUUUAUCCUUUUCAUACUUGCCCGAAGAUGACAUGUCAUUAGGCGGCUUGGUCUGUGGCACCACCGUUCUACGCCAGGCUAAGCUCCACAAGUUCAAGUUUUUCGAGUGCGCAUGUGCCCGGUGUACAGACUACGACUGGUCGCGCGGUCAAGACAAUGAUAUCCACGGCAGCUGUAAACAAGUUUACUAUCACAAAGGUGUAUGGGAGUGUCCCAAGUGUCACACUAUCAAAUCAAGUGUACCUUUUAUUGGCAAGCGUGAAGACCAUGUGCAGCAAAUUACGCUGGCGUUCGCUGCUCUCGCUCAUGGACUCAAACCUGUUGACGAAGACUCGCUCCGAAUGAUUGAACCGUACAUGGAAGAUUUGCUGCACCCUGAUAAUACCACCCGAGACGCUGAAGAAGAGGAGGAGGAGGAGGAGGAGGAGAAGGUACCAGUGCCACGGUAUCAUUGGACGUAUGGAUCGAUCCAUGCGGUUUUAUCGACAUACCACCUCAAGCUUUUUCCACAAUUCUUUGGCAAAGGUUUGGCGGAACGAUUCGGCAUGACGGUGAAAGGUUUUAACGAGGCGGUUGUCUACUUGCAGUUCUUGAACGACCAUAUAUGGACAUGCCCAAAUCCAUCUUCACCGGUGGGUAGUCCCAUGGCGGCAUUUUUCGCUGGCUGGCGGAUCUUGGCUAUUGUGAUCGAUACUGUUCUCCAGGGCACUCAGCGGACGCUUGUCAUUCGAUCGUCCACAGCUCCUCCUAAAAGCCGUAACGGCAAUGAUAGCGAUGAAGAUAGCGACAGUGAUGCAGAGGAGGAAAAUAUGGAGACAACCACCGAGCUUAUUCCCAUGUCUGACGAAUGGAAACAGCCUAUUGACCAAAUUAUCGAUAUCGUCCAUUCUCGAUGGCUUCCCUUGGUAGUUCAAGUAUUCCAAGUACGACGAUCACCUGUGGUGGAUGAUAUGAUGAGUCGCAUAAAUGAAUUCGUAGAUCGAGUUGAGCAGGUUUCAGCUUUGAAAGAAUAAAAGUUGCAUAUGGCUGCUAUGAUGUACUACUAUUUUCGUUUCGUUCGGGUGGUUUUCAUUUUCCAGCUGAGUAUCUUUUCGCUCUCGCUUACUUUGCGGCUUGACUUUGAACACAGGACACAGACACACCGUUAAUAACUCUUUUUUUUUUAACUGCUACCCGCACUUGUCCAUCGGCUAUACCAAAAACGGAUC